AUGAACAUGUCUGAAGAACAAAUCAACUGCACUAUAAGCCAUGAGAUUCACCAGUACCUGUUCUCUGGCGCAUACAUCUUAGUCCUGCUAGUGGGUCUUCCAGCCAAUGCUUACUCGCUCUACCAUGCCUGGCUGCAGCUGAAAGCCCACAAUGAGCUGGGGGUCUACUUACUCAACCUGACCAUAUCAGAUCUGCUUUACUUGGCCGCCCUGCCCCUCUGGCUGCAGUAUAUUUUCCAGGGGGAUGAUUGGAGUGGCUCUGAGUGGCUCUGUCAACUAUGUGGCUUCCUGCUAUACGAGAACAUUUACAUAAGCAUCGGUUUCCUCUGUUGUAUCUCUAUAGACCGUUACCUGGCUGUGGUCUACCCCUUCCGUUUUACCGCUUUCCGAACGGUGCGAGCUGCAGCACUGGUCAGCACAGUGGUCUGGCUAAAGGAACUUGCUGUGGGUGUCGUGUUUUUCCGCCAUAAGGAGCUUAGCAAGGACAAGCUUAACCAAUCGGUGUGCUUUGAGCAUUAUCCCAUGAAGACUUGGGAGUAUUCUAUAAAUUACUACCGUUUUUACAUAGGCUUCCUGUUUCCUUUGGGAAUCCUAUCAUUGUCAUACCUCCGAGUCCUCAGAGCGGUGGGCAAGAGUACAGGCACACAGACUUCCCAGAAAACACGCAUAAAGUACCUGGUGACCAGCACCAUUGUUAUCUUUCUAGUGUGUUUCUCACCAUACCACAUCUUCCUGCUGGUGCGCACUGUGCUAGAAAGGGACUGUGCCUUCAUUGAGAAAAUUUUCAACUAUUAUCAUUUCUCCCUGUUGCUUACUAGCUUUAACUGUGUGGCAGAUCCCGCUCUGUACUGUUUCAUCAGCGAGAGCGCCCAAAAGGGUAUCCAGAAGGCUCAAGACGCAUGUACUCGCAUUUUCUGCUGUUGCUCCAAAAGCCAUGGAAGGUUCAGCACACACUCUAUUGAGCUGGUAGUAACCAAUGAUAAUGUUACAGGCAACUCAGUGGUAACACUGCUGCAGCAGACCAAAACCGAAGUUUGA